AUGGGGUGGGAUCAAGUAAGUUUGAUAUAGUUUCUGUACCGAGUUGAUUGACUUUUUUCAGAAGGGUUACGGUAGAAGAGAUCCGGAAGGCGGAGGCAAGCCGGGAAGAGUUCCAGUGGCGCAGUCCGAGUGCGUCCCGAUGCCGAUCGUGCGUGGCUAGUUCAAACAAUCUGUUUUGCAAAAAUUAUUUUUUUAAGAGUUGAAAAAGUUAUAAGAAUGUUUUUUGAAAGUCAGAAACCGGUAAAUUUAGAAUUUGGAGAUAGCCAACACUUUUUGAUGGCCGAAAAUAAUUUUUUUUAGCGUCUCAUAGCUUUUAUUUAGUCCUAUCAAAAUAUGAAAAUUCGAAAAAAUGUUCCAUUUUGGAUUGAAAAUUUUAUAUAUAAUUAAAUUCGUAAAGCUCAGUAGGCAUGAAAGGCAUAAGCUCGGAAAAAAAAAAUCAUUUCAUGGAUAUUCUCAUUUCAUCUCGAAAGUUAAACUUCACAGAAUGACGGAAAAGAGAAAGAAAGCGAACAUUUUUCAUAAGCGCCUAUAAACUUGCCCAGAAAAGUCGCAAUGAAGAAACCUUGAAUAUCCGGAAUGGGCAACUCCUAAGAAACCUUCCUGUUGCUUUUUUGAAUGACGGAAGCAUCUGCGGGUGCUUACUUGCCAAUAUGAGCGAACCUUUAUUUUUAGAAAACGAUUUUUCAGAUUUCGAAUUUCCAUAGCUGCUUCAGUUUCAUUCUCAAAACGGUUGAUCUGCACAAAAAAAGAAUGAUAGAAAUUAUAGCCAAAAAGUAGUUUGAAAAUUUCCUAGAUCUUUCUAUCAAAUUCAAUUUUAAUUAUUUGAAAUCCAUGUCAGUCGCCUUGAGCACGCUUGUGCGUCAGUCUUGUUUGUUUUUUUCCAAAAACCUGCAUGGUCUAAGUCCAAACCAGGCUCCGAAUAUAUUUUCUUUUUACACAAAAUUCGUUCUAAAUAUAAUCUUUAAUACAUAUUCAAACAAAUACACAAAAAAUUUUAUCUGCACUCUUUUCUCCAAAUUGCUAUACUUUUUCAAACCAAAAACCGAAUUCAAAAAUAAAUCAAAAUUUUUUCAUCCAGAAUUUCACCGAAAAAAUCUUUUCACUCAUUAUAUGAUAGCUUCUGUUGAUAUUUGAGUUUGAAUUAAAAAAAAAUCUGGUCCCGGGCCAGGUCGCGUUCAAAAAUGGCCCGGGUACCAAUGCGCGGACGAAGGCUCUCGAACAAAAUUGGUGUUAUGCAAAAAAAAACUUAAAAUUUUCAGAAAAAGUAUUGCGCUGAAAAUAGACGAAAUGCGAAAAAAAAGAACAACUUUCGAGUAAAUUUGAAAAAAGUGGUAUCGAAGUUCGAGAAAGAGCUCACAGAUAAAAUACGGUUCCACGAAAAAUUAUGAUGAGAGUUGGAAAAUAAUAUUGAACAAAAGCAAACCAAACGUUUUUAAGUCUUUAUUUUGUUUGAAAAAUAUUGGGGGCACAAAAAUUGGGGUGGGAUCAGGUAAGUUCAACAUAUUCCUAUUUCCGAGUUUAUUGAUUUUUUUCAGGACGACCACGAGAGACUGGAGCGCUUCACACAGCGGAUUAUGGGUUAGUACGAACUUAAAUAAAUUGAGUAUUUUGCUAGUUUUGAAAAAAUAGAAGACUCAAGGAAGAAUUUUAUCAGAAAAUUUCUUUUUUUUUUAAAUUCAAAAACAGCUUUUGCAUGUAGUGAUCGUUUCUAGAAAAAUUGAAGAUAGAGAUAGAGACAGCAAACUUUUUUUUUCGGGUUUGUACAUUUCUAUUUCUCGCGCGUAUUCGCUUUAAUCGGCAAGAAAGUGCAGUAUGACAUAAUUCAUGACGUAAAAUACGAAUUUCGACUCAAAACGCAACAAAAAAGCUCUGACACGAAAUUUGUUCGCAAUUUUGGAUUCAUCAGUGAUUUGUGGAAAAAGUUAAAUUUAAACACUGUGUGUAUCACAACUAUCAAUCAUCAAUAUGAAAUGCUUCUUUUCAUAAAUUAUUUGAGGUCGUUAUCGAAAAGAUUGAAGAGGAAAAUCAAAAUAUAUCGCGCAUUUUUCCGUUUAUGCCGUGUUCAAAGUUUCCGCGAAGCGCAAAAUACCCGUUAGAGACAGGAAAAUAUAAUUAAAUUUUAAAAAAAACGGAAAGAGUCAUAGACCAUUUUGCUUUUCGCGGAAAUAACUUUGAACACAGCAUUAAAAAGGUGAGGAAAAAGAAGUUCAAAAACGUUUUUCAUUUCGAAAUUCCCGUUUGCGUUCAAAACUUGAUUGGAGUCAAUUAAGCAACGAAAAAAGUGUUGCUAAGACACAUUCCCAUCUUCAUAAACCCGCUCGGCAAAAGUUCGAAUAAAUUCAAAAACCAGCAAUUUUUAUCAAAAAAAAUUUUUGUGCAGGCACCUUUGCGCGCGGGUGCAUGCACACAAUGCGCCGUCGGUAUUUACGAACUCAUUUAAAUGAGUUUAAAAAAAAUUUUAAAUACGUUUUUUUUAUUAAAGCGAAUAUUUAACGCCUUUUCUACUCAAUUCAACCUAAAUUUAAUCCAAGACAUAUUUCGAUUUAGAAUCCCACAGUUUUUAGCUCAUCGAAGUUUUAUUAUCGCUGAAAUAUUCAAUUUUUCGUUGUUUCGGCCUGCUUAAGCUGGGAGUUUUGCAAACUCGUUUGAACCUCUGUACUUUUACAGUAUUUGGCGGUAAUUGAGAAGUUUCGGAUUGCCUUAGAUGUUGAAAUAUGAAUUAUGAACCAUAGUUUGAGUCAUUUCAGUCUGUUAGCCAUCAUUUGAAUUGGAAUAAAAAUUCGAAAAAUUCAUAGUCUCCUUUUUAGCUUUUUUUUUAUUCGUUGGUUCUGAAAUCUUUUAAUUUCAGAGGGGAUGGCGACAACGGGAACUUCAUCGACGGGAACUUGAAAUAAAGAUCCAUUGGUUUAGUAUCAAUUUUUUUCCCAAUGUACAAGGUUGUUCAUUUUCAGCCCUUCUCGCAGUUUUGAAGAAGUCCGACGAGCUGACCUUCUCAUUCGCGUCCAGAAGCUGUGA